CUCCCUCCACCAGGUGAUGAUUGCCGAAACAUCAUAUUUAGGGAGCCAAUACCAGACAUGGUGUUAAAAAAUCACGUGAUCAAGAGUGUUAUGGUAACUGAUGAAGGGAGCUGCAGAGUGAUGUGUUAUAUGGAGCCUAGUUGUGUGUCCAUCAAUAUUGGUCCAUUUGACGGGGAAAAGCAAAAAUGCGAGUUGAACAACGCAACGGAGGAAAACCAUGCUCCAUUUCUUCUCACUAAUAAACCAGGUUACAAUCAUCUUGCAGUCGAGGUAACAUUUUACAUUCUUACGAAAAUAUUAGGAGACAGACACAGAUAAGAUGUUUUCAUUUUAGAGUGUUGUUGUUAUGAGUCAUUGGCAAGAGUAAAUUGCACGAAGCUACUUUGUUUCUACCAACAGAAUCCAUGCAGCAGCAGCCCAUGUUUGAACAAUGGCACCUGUUUAGCUGGAUUCACCAAUAAAGGUUUUCGUUGUGUUUGUCGUGAUGGAUUCACAGGGGAGAACUGCCAAUUUCGAGGUAUAACAACUUGCGUUUUCUUUCACUAAGUCUCUUGGGUUGAUUGAACAACUGACGGUAAGGUGACUAACCAACUGUUUUAAAAUCGGUUAAUAGAAAUAUCUUCUGAAAUCAUACUUAAAAGCAUAUAUGGGAAUCUAGAAAUUCAUCACAUUUGACUCCUUGGACAAUCUACUAUCCACUGAAGAUAAAUUAGAGAACGUAUGAUAUUGAAACUCCGAAUAGACACUAUUAGUUUACUUAGACAAAUAAAGUGUUUCUGGAACUUGUAUCAACACAAAUUGAUUCUGCGUCGGAAAAAAAUUAAAUCAACAAAAGCAUUAUUAAAGGAGGAAUCAAAACGCAGCCACUAACGGUGAUAAAAGUAAUAGCUAUCAUUUUUAUAAAUCUUGAACACUUGACUGUAAAAAAGAAUUUUGAAAUUAAAAUAAAGGCAUUAUCAAAAGAGAAAACAAAACACAACUACUAACGGUGAUAGAAAGAAUAACUGUGUGUUUUUACAAAUCUUGAACACUUCACUUUAAAAAGAAAUGUUAAAUUUGAAUAUAUUUGGAAAGUAGAAAGAAUCUAAGAACAUAUUUAGUAGACAUGCCAUGACAUUUAUAAGUUUUACAGAAAUCAGUAUCACGACAGACGGAGGGACUGAUGGCAUUAAACCCGACAAUUUUCUCCUUGAUUUCCAUCUCUCCAGAAAUAUUGUAUUGACAUUUUCAUUUAGAAGAAUAGGCAAAGUUGAAUACAGUUGAAAACUAGAAAGAAUCGCGAGUUACAUUCUUUGCAUUUAUAUUGAGGAGACAAAUCAUGAUUAAUAUAACACACUUUCAGCGAAAACCAGCGUCACCAUAGACCGUGUGUAUAGCAUUAAACCCGACAAUGUUUUCAUUCAUUUCGCAGCUUUUAAGAAAAAUUGUGCUGAGAUUUUCAAUGCUGGGGAAAGAAGAGAUGGUAUGUAUACCAUUAAACCUGAUAAUCUGCCGGGCUUUGAUGUAUUCUGUGACCUAACAACAGCUGGUGGAGGGUGGACGGUGUUCCAGAAGAGACUGGAUGGUUCGGUUGACUUCUACCUCAAUUGGAUGGACUAUAAACACGGAUUCGGAGAUCUAAACGGUGAAUUCUGGCUGGGACUGGACAAGAUUCAUCGCCUGACCUCUGAUAAUAACAACGUGCUGCGUGUAGACUUGGAAGACUUUGAAGGAAGUCAUACCUAUGCUGAGUAUAAGAUGUUUGGUGUCAAAAGUGAAAAUGAUAAGUACAAGCUAAUCCUUGGUUCUUAUUCAGGUAAAUUAUCAUUCCGUCUCUUCUAUUUUAGUCAAUCUAAGAAGAAAGGGGGAGGACAGUGCUAAGUUAUGUAAAUAUGCUAAACGUCUUUUACAUCAAUAGCUUUGGAAGACAAAAAAGAAACGUCAGCUCGUCGAUAUGCAAUCCUGGACAGCGCAUACCUGAUGUUGUUUAGUCCAAAGGUAUUCGCCAGUGGAUCAUGCGCAGAUAACCUGACGAACUUAUCCAACUCUGAUGAGUGCCUCGGCAAACAUAUUUAUUGACAUUGUCAUAUCGAGCAAUUCAGUCCCUUGAACCUUCGACAUGAAUCACAGACAUUACUAAGAAUACUUUUAAUCCAUAUUAUUAAUGUUAAAUUGAUAUACUUAUUUGAUAUUUAAACAUUUGUUCAGCCUUAUGAACGGCUCAUUGUUGGUUAAACGUAGUACUCAUAAUGCGGCUCAUUUUUUCAGGGAAUUCUGGUGACUCUCUUGCUGUACAUCGCGGUAUGCCAUUCACCACUAGAGAUCAAGAUAAUGAUAAAGGUAAUGAUAAUCAUGGAGGUCUCAACUGCGCCAUUAAGUUCAAAGGAGCCUGGUGGUACAAGAAUUGUCACCGCUCAAAUCUUAAUGGUUUAUAUCUUCGUGGAAGUCAUUCCUCCUUUGCUGAUGGAGUGAACUGGAAAGACUGGAAAGGACAUUAUUACUCUCUAAAGAGAACCGAGAUGAAAGUAAGACCAGUGGAUUUCUGA